GAAAAGCGGUGGGGAAAAAAUAAUGCUGUCACGUCUGUUCGCCCGUGGCUCGCUUCUCGAGUUGAGUGUCUGAGCGGAGCUCCGCGAGUCGGACUUACACACGGAGAAGACGCACACAGCCAUGGCAGAAAACGCCGGCUUGGAAAAUCAUCGCAUUAAGAGCUUUAAAAACAAGGGCCGAGAUGUCGAGACUAUGCGAAGACAUCGUAACGAAGUAACAGUCGAACUGAGAAAGAACAAGAGAGAUGAGCACCUACUGAAGAAACGCAACGUUCCACAGGACGAAAGUCUCGAGGACUCCGACGUAGACGCAGACUUCAAGGGGCAAAAUGUAACGCUAGAUGCCAUCUUACAGAAUGCCACCAGUGACAACGCAGUAGUACAGCUCAGCGCUGUACAAGCAGCCAGAAAACUACUCUCCAGCGACAGAAACCCUCCCAUCGAUGACUUGAUCAAAUCUGGGAUCCUACCCAUCCUCGUCAAAUGCCUGGAGAGGGACGACAAUCCCUCGUUGCAGUUUGAGGCUGCCUGGGCUUUGACUAACAUUGCGUCGGGGACCUCGGCACAGACACAGGCUGUGGUCAAAUCCAAUGCUGUUCCCUUGUUUUUGAGACUGCUCCAUUCCCCUCAUCAGAAUGUGUGUGAGCAGGCCGUGUGGGCACUGGGCAACAUCAUUGGUGAUGGGCCACAGUGUCGAGACUACGUCAUUUCACUGGGCGUGGUCAAACCUCUCUUGUCGUUCAUCAAUCCCUCCAUCCCCAUCACUUUCCUGAGGAACGUCACCUGGGUUAUCGUCAACCUGUGCCGAAACAAAGACCCGCCCCCACCCAUGGAAACAGUACAGGAGAUCCUCCCUGCCCUUUGUGUCCUCAUAUACCACACAGAUAUAAAUAUUCUUGUAGAUACAGUAUGGGCUUUAUCGUACCUAACAGACGGAGGGAAUGAACAGAUACAAAUGGUCAUAGACUCAGGUGUCGUCCCCUUCCUUGUCCCCCUCCUCAGCCACCAAGAGGUCAAAGUUCAGACGGCAGCACUGAGGGCAGUGGGUAACAUUGUGACGGGGACGGACGAGCAGACUCAGGUGGUGCUCAACUGUGACGUGCUCUCCCACUUCCCCAAUCUGCUCUCACACCCCAAAGAGAAGAUCAACAAGGAGGCCGUGUGGUUCCUGUCCAACAUCACCGCAGGGAACCAGCAGCAGGUGCAGGCUGUGAUAGAUGCAGGGCUUAUCCCCAUGAUCAUCCACCAGCUGGCCAAGGGAGAUUUUGGCACGCAGAAAGAGGCCGCAUGGGCCAUCAGCAACUUAACAAUAAGUGGAAGGAAAGAUCAGGUGGAGUACUUGGUGCAGCAGAAUGUGAUCCCGCCUUUCUGCAACCUGCUCUCGGUGAAGGAUUCGCAGGUGGUACAGGUGGUUCUAGACGGGCUGAAGAACAUCCUGAUCAUGGCCGGCGAGGAGGCUAGCACCAUCGCUGAGAUCAUUGAGGAAUGCGGAGGACUGGAAAAGAUUGAAAACCUGCAGCAACAUGAAAAUGAAGACAUCUACAAGCUAGCGUUUGAAAUCAUCGAUCAGUACUUUUCAGGAGAUGAUAUCGAUGAAGAUCCAAGUCUGAUCCCUGAAGCCACACAAGGAGGCACAUUCAACUUCGACCCGACAUCCAACCUCCAAACCAAGGAGUUUAAGUUCUAAUAGAGCCAAGUUAGAACUUGAAUCAGGCGGGGUCUCCUGCUGCUGUCCUUCCCCGCCGCCCCCUCACCACGAUCCAACCAUCAUCUAUCAACCUGCAACUCACUAACCUGACACAACCAAUCAAGAUGCAUAAAAACUACAGGUGUAACUUGCACUGAAGGAUACGAGCAUCAGUCUCGAGCGUCACCCGAAGUCGGAGUGAAGUCUACACAUUUCGUAAAGAAGAGGGCGACCUCUUUAGUCACACUGCAAUUGCCAAAAGGAAAAAAAAAAAAGAGAGAGAGAGAGAGAGAGAAAUUUCUGCUGUUUUGCUCACUCGCACAUACACACAAACACAGACUUGAGUCAUAUAUGUGCAUCAACAUUUCUAGAAAUUUCUAACAUUCUUCUACCAGCCAUCAUAUCAAAAGAUGGGAGAGAAAAAAGUCGAACCAGGUUUUUUGUUUUGUUUUUGUUUUUGUUUUUUUUUCCCCUCCCCCCAUCAGUUAUUAUUUCUCUCCUUCCAGCAAAUUUCUCUCACCGGGACGUCGCAGCCCUGUCGAUGUUUAAUCUAGAGCGCUAGGACAGACACCCUACAUUACGACAUCCAGCCUCUGCUCUGCUAAGCCAUGUGGAACAUGCUUCCCCUUGUCUGAGGACUAGUCUGUGGAGCAGUUCAUUCAGCAAGCGCGGGGUCUUCUCCUUUUUCUUCUUCUUUUAAAUUGUGUGCAAAUAGCAUGUACGCUAGCACUGAUUUUUUUUUUUUUUUUUUUUUUUUUAAAUGAAGUCAUCACCAAACUGAUGUGUGUAUGGAAAGUGAAUAUAACAAAAUCACACACCACAAAUGUACAUACUCUAGUUAACCCCAAGUUGGGGAGUCACUUAACCGGUUAACAAAAGUGUGUUUUGUUUUGUUUUUUCCCUUUCUUCCUUUAUUUUUUAACUCAUGGCAUGUGCCAUGUGAGAAGAGGACUGGAUGGAGUCGUCAGUAAACAACGUCAAAAAAAUAAAUAAAUAAAACAAAAAGUCAGACAUUUUAAGGGAUGUCCCUGUUCAAAGUGUUUGUGGACUUCUACACCAGUGAUGAAAUGAGGAUUUUUCAGUAUCACGCUCUUGACAUUUUGGGAGGAAUUCUUCGUUUUCCUGCUUCAUAAAACCAUACCAUAAAAAAAAAAAAUUGCCAAUGUUCACCAACUCCCCCCCUUCCAUCACGCAUGGAGAGAAUCUAUUUCUUUGUGUUUAAACAACAACAUGGGCUUAAAUCAUCAGCAGAGAGAAUCUUUGCAGAAGUGAUUGAACUGUGAUUAUUCUUUUGUUUUCUGUGGUGGAGCUUCCACAUUUUGCAGCUUCGAUUCAGUCUUAUAUGCACACUUUUUGUCGUCCCUAUAUGAAUAUUAUUAUUAUUAUUAUUAUUUUUGGCUAAACGUACUUGGAAAGCGACAUUCGCUUAAUAUGUAUACACAAGCAAUGGAAAGUGGAGCUCCAUGGCAGUGCUGUUUCUGUUUAAGAUUUAUUUGCUACAAAAACAAUAACUGUACAAACUAAAACAAAAAAAAAAAACGUAUCUUUCUUGUGUAAAGUAUCACCGAAAAAGCUGCCACACAUUAGACGUUUGAUGGGACACUCGAGAACAAUAAUAACAUUGUGUUACUCAUUCACAGUUAAUUGGGGACUUUAUUUUAUUUUUAUUUUUUUUCGUUUUAUGAUUCACUUUGUUUGUUUGAGGGCAAAUUUUUUGUGUUGGAAUGGGCUUUUUAACUGUUGUGACUGGACAGUUCUGUGUUUUUGUUUUUUUUGGUCCCUUAGCAUGUAAUUGUAAAGGGAUGUAUGGAAGUACAAACAUUUUACAUUUGGACUAAUGUAGUUGUGGUUCGGCUGCAGACUACUGAAGAGGAUCCGAGGACAAAUGGCAGCCCUGGUGGUUUUUUGUUUUUGUUUUUUUUCUUUCUUUUCUUUUUAUUCAUUUAUUAUUGAUGAACAAAGGCCUGCAUAGGUGUGAAAUUCAUGAACUUAUGUAGACACUUAUUUAAAAGAGGAAAAAAAAAAAAAAAAAAACGAGCCACUUUAAAGAUUUGAAAUUUUUUGUCUUGUAUCCGAAAUGAAUACAAGCUUAUUGCUGGUUGCAAGAUUUUUACUUGCUUAAGAAGAAAAGAAAAAUAUGAAAAAAAAAAAAAAAUAAUAAUAAAAAACUGCGACAGAUCGCAUUUUGGCCUCCGAUUGUUUGUAUCUUUUUAUAAAUUUUAGCAUUGAAACACUCUUUAAGGUGGCUCAUCUGUAUUCUUUUCAACUCCUGUGCAUAUUAAAGAUGAACGAGUUGAAAUUCA